AUGAUGGCCCGAUUCCUCCUGCGGCUGGUGGCGUGGCUCUGCAUGGCAGCGCGUGCAGCGGGGCGCUCCGAGGUCGCAACGAGCUUCAGCCUCGUGGACGAGGGCGGGCGGGACGUCCUCUCGGAGGCGGCGGCCCACGACGUGCCGACCGAGGGGUACCGGCCGUCGGGCAGCGUGCUGGUGCUCGGCUUCCAGGCGCACAACCGGACCUUCAGGUACAAGCUGUACCGCCAGGCCACGCCGUCCUCUGGCGGCAGGGUCGUGGUGCACGGCGCGGGCGGGCAGAGGACGGAGCGCGCCCUGGGCCAGCCCGUCGUCUUCAGGAGCCCCGCCCGCGACGCGGUGCUGACCGCCGUGGGGCAGAGCUUCACGGGCACCGUGUUCGUGGGAGCCACGGUAUUCGACAUCCGGCACCAGCACAGGAGCGCCGCUCUCGAGGUGACGCGCUUCGACCCCAGCGAGGCCAAGGCGCCCACCGACUUCGGCGUGGGCGGCCUUCGCCCGAACGGCUCGCUGGAGGAGCCCGCCGUGGACAGGCGCUUGUCGAUCCUUAAUCCCGACGCGAUCGACCAGUGGACCAACUGCUAUCCUGGCGAGGAGACGAUGCGCACUUUCAAGUUCGGCGCAGUCAUCACGUCCAACGUGUGGCGAGACGAGAAUUUCCAGACUGACCAAGAGGCAGAGGACUGGGUCCACGCUAUGGUCGCCAACGCGAACAUGGCGUACGAACCCCAGCUCAAUAUCCACCUCCAGAUGGGCAGUCUUGUCGUUCAGCAGACCCACGACGGCGCUCCAAGCUGGGACCAAGGUAGCACAUGCCCGAUGACAAUUAAUGAUCAGUUGUGGGCGCUGGUCGCUUGGGAGAAUUCUGCAGCUAAUCCAGACUCCACGAUGGGCGUGUGGCAUCUUUUCGAUAAUUGCUACGCGAAUUCCGGCUUCAUCGGCCUGGCGUGGAUAGGGGUGUUGUGCUACGAUUGGGGGUACAACACAGGAGUCACCUGGUUGAGCAGAGGAAAUUAUGCAUAUCCCACUUGGCACAUCAUGGCACAUGAGCUGGGACACAACUUCGGAGCCCAACAUUCGUUCGAGCAAGGCCAGGGCAAGACAGGGGGCAUCAUGGAUUAUGGCGACGGCAGUCUAAACGGCGUGUAUCGGUUCAACGACCUCCGCAAAUCUGAGAUCUGCGGUCAGCUCACUGCCCAAGUCAACAGUUGCUCGGGGUUCUCGGUUUUCGAAGCCGAGUGCGGCAACCGAAUUACAGAGCCAGGUGAGGGCUGCGAGUGCAGUGAUGGGUCGCAGGCUUGCUCAGGGUGCUGCGGCUGCCAGGUGCAGAUGCAAGUCGGUGCGCUCGCGACGCCGAUGCAGUGCUCGUACGGCGCCAUCGGCCACGGUGGCUGCUGCAGCCCUGCGGGCAUGUUCCAGCCGGUUGGCUUCGCGUGCACGCUUGCGGGCGCAGACGGCUACUGCAACGAGGGCGCGUGCGUCACCCAGCACGUCUGCCAAGACAACAGUUUUUUCGACAGCUACUGCGGGCUCGAGGCGAACGGUUGUAAGAUCAAGUGCACCCAGGCAGGAGACGGCACGUGCUUGAGUCUCAGCAGCUGGGAAGUGAACGGCCAUCCCAUCAAUAAUGUUCCCGACGGAACGCCUUGCCAUGGGAUCGGUUUUGAUGGCACGUGUAGCGCCGGCGAAUGCAAACACCCUGACGAGGUGACCAUCACUGGUAAUGUAGUGACGGCCGCUCCAGCGGAUCCCAACCCUCAUUCGACUGAAACAGAAUUCAGCGGGUGCGUGGGGUUCGCCAGCCGCGGCUUCCUUGGCCACGCAGACGUGCAAGUGUUCCUCACGGGGAAAACUCUGAUUCAGUGCAACAUGGAGUGCGCGAACAAUUGGCAGUGCCACAGCUUCAUUCACAGGGCGGACGUGGGGUUCUGCGAGCUCUGGUCGAACAAGAACUUCGUUGAGGAUUUGGCAGUUGUCCCAGGCUACGAUACUUACAUCUGCGAUGCUUACGCUGCCGGCUUCGAUUUCCUUGACGCCGAGUACUAUCCGGACGCCGACGUGGGCUUCCAUGGGCUGAGUGUCCCUGCUCGGGAGCGCAGCGGGGACAGUGGGUUCACCCGCAGCACUUGCUACAAGACGUGCAAGACGGACCCCGGCUGCCACACGUUCGUCUUCGUCGAGGGGGCUGGCAGCUGCCAACUCUAUUCCUCUGAGAUCUCCGGGACCGACGUGGUGUACAAGGACCCCAGCGAAGGCUACAGCACCUACACCCUGCCCUGCCACGGCCGGGGCAAGAACUGCCCAUGCCGAGACGAUCCAGAUGGCACCUGGAAGAUCCGCGUGCCGUGCCAGUGCGACGCGGCCGCCAACCCCUUCGAGAACGAGUGCGGCAUCAACAAGUACUGCUACGAUGGAGCCUGCGCCGACUCUCCGAAGCGCCGGCUGUCCAGCUUCUGCCCGUCGACUCCCGCCCCGCCAGUCUCGACUGCCGUGCCGACCGUUGCGCCGACCAGCUCCCCGACUCGUGCGCCGACCAGUUCGCCAACAUCCGCGCCGACGGCCGCGCCGACCAGCGCACCGACUGCCCUGCCGACCAGCUCCCCGACUCGUGCGCCGACCAGUUCGCCAACAUCCGCGCCGACGGCCGCGCCGACCAGCGCACCGACUGCCCUGCCGACCAGCUCCCCGACUCGCGCGCCGACCAGUUCGCCAACAUCCGCGCCCACUGCCGCGCCGGCCAGCGCACCGACUGCCCUACCGACCAGCUCGCCGACUCGCGCGCCGACCAGUUCGCCAACUCCGGUGCCGACAGCCGUGCAGACCAGCGCACCGACUGCUACGCCGACCAGCUCCCCGACUCGUGCGCCGACCAGUUCGCCGACGGCCGCGCCGACCGCCGUGCCGACUGCUGCACCAACCGCGCCGACAGCUGCACCGACCGCCGUACCGACUGCUGCACCAACCGCAGGGCAGACCUCUACGCUGGCACCGACGCCGUCACCGCCAGCGGUAUGGACUACGCUCACAGCGACCACAACGACGCAAAAGUACCUGGUGCGGGUGGACAUGUCUCUAUCCAGCACCGGCACUUCAGAUGACGUGGAGUCCUCUGUCGCUUCCUUCGCGACCAGCAAGCACGGCGUCGCCCCCGACAGCGUCACCGCAACUGCUGCUGCCGGCCGGAGCAACGCUGCCGCCCUGACCCGGUGGCAUGUAGAUUACGACAUCCUUCUGGUCACCGAGUCGGACGCGUCGUACCACCUGGUGAUUGCCCAGCAGCUCGCUGCACACGCGGAGGGCACCCGCGCCCACCUCGCCCAGAGCUUCAACGACUCGGGGCUGACGAUGGACGCAGCAGGCUUUACAAUCUCCGCGCCAGAGGAGGUGCAGGUGUACCAGUCUUGCUACAGCACAGAUGUUGGCCUGAAGGACCCGUUCGAAGACGGCUGCGACACGUAUCGCCGCAAUCCAGGGUUUUGCGGAAUAUACGACGACGUCGAUUUCAGUUCUCACGAUUUGUGUUGUGCCUGCGGAGGUGGCAGCGACAGGGAGCCAGACUGGACGGCCGCCACUGAGGAGCCCAUACUGCCACCCGAGCCUGGAUGCGUCGACACUGACCUCACCAAGAAGGACAGCACCGGAGACGGUUGCUCGGUCUACGCCAUGGACCCAGUGCACUUCUGCGGCGAAUUUGACGACGACGACUUCAGCUCGAAG